AUGCUAACAGAGUAUGAUUUUUUAAAUUAUUUUUUAGAGAAUUCUAAUGAUAAUAAUGAUUUUUGUAAUAAUAAUGAUCAUAAUAAUCUUGGUGUUAAUAAUAAUUAUAAUGAUCUUAGUGAUAAUAAUUAUCAUAAUGAUCUUGAUAGUAAUAAUAAUAUUGUUGAUAAUAAUAAUUUUAGUAAUAAUAAUGAUAUUGAUAGUAAUAAUGAUCUUG